AUGUCGACCGAAUAUUUAGCUAUAGGUGCUCCCAGAUAUGAUAACUUUGAUGGAAAGGUAUUAAUAUAUCCUAUUAAAAGAAUAACUAAAAGCGGAACUCUUGUGUCCAAAUAUAUAUGGGAAGUGUCGAGUGAAACGCCUGAUAAAGGAGAGUAUUUUGGGGCAUCUCUUGUAGCAAUCGAUAUAAAUGGUGACACCAGGGAUGAGCUGAUAAUAGGAGCACCGAUUUAUUCAUAUAAAAAUCAAAGAGAAAUCGGAAGAAUUUACGUCUAUUUGAGAGACGACGAGGUUUUCAGUUAUUUAAAAAAAUUUUUAAUUGAAAAAAUAAUUUUUGGACACAAAAGUGGUGGCCGUUUUGGGACAGCUCUUUCAUCGUGUGAUGUCAAUAUUGAUAGCUAUAUUGAUGUUAUAGUUGGUGCACCAUAUGAACAAAAUAAUCAUAAUAGUAUGGGUGCUAUUUAUAUUUAUUUUGGAUCUGAUAGUGGUUUGGAUACCAAUAAUUUUCAAAGAAUAGGAUCUGAAAGCUUACCUAAUGUUAUACAAGGCUUCGGAAUAAGUAUUGCGAGUAAUACUGAUUUUGAUGCCAACGGUUAUAAUGAUAUACUCGUUGGCUCUUAUUUAUCGGAAAAUGCUGUACUUCUCAGGACUAAACCAAUUGCUACGUUAAAUAUAACUAAUAUAAGUUUUGAACCAAAAAGGAUACAAAUCGAUGACAAUAAUUGUAAUAACAAUCAAAAUUCUUGCUUCAAAAUCAAUUAUUGUGUUCAAUAUAUGGGAAAAUUCAUUAGAGAUAAACAAAUGAUUUUAAUUACUGUUGAGAUAACAGAUCGAAAAGUAAGAGAAUUGAGAGCUGUUUUGGCUAAAAGUAACACAAAAUUUGAACAAAAAAUUGUUGAAUUAAAAGCUAAUCAACAAAACUGUUUUAAUAAUCAACUUAUUCUUAAUAAACCAGAAACACUGAAUGAUAUUUUGACACCAAUUGAAUUGAAGAUAACGGUUGACAUCCAGAAUGAGACGACCACUCAGUUCUGUAGUGACUGUGCCAUAGCUGCUAUACAUUCUGUAUAUGAAUAUAUUGACUUUAAUCACGGAUGUCAAACACAAAAAUGUUUGUCACGAUUAGCAAUGACAGCCGUUUCUAAAUAUAAGGGAUUACCCAUUCAUACCAAUCUAAUUGAAGGAUUACACGAUACCAUAGAUGUCGAAAUCAGUGUUGUCAACACUGGAGAUCCCUCUUUGAAUACAGUUUUAACAAUAAAAAUGUCACCAAUUUUGUUGAAUUUGACGAACAGUGCCGAAGCGUACAAAUGUAAGGCCAUAGAAGACAUCUCCGCUUAUAAGUGUAAUGUUAGCCGAAGACUACAAAAGGGUCGACCCGUUCAUAUGAAUCUACAUUUCAUUGUAUCAAAGGUUACAACAAAUGCACUGAAAAUUGAUUUUCAACUCAACAGUAAUAGUGAAGUUGAAAGAAACAGUAGAUUAACUGAUUCAAUGAGUUUUCAGAUCAUAAGAAAAGCAAGUUUAACAAUAUUUAGUGAUACAAUGGAGAAGUUUUCAUUUUCAGACAAAACACGAAGAGUGGCAUUUGAUUUGCCCUAUAAUUUGGUCAAAUCGGGUCCCAGUUCUGUAACGUCGGCAUUCAUUGAUCUUCAGUUACCACACAAUAUCAUAGUUCCCAGUAGUGAGUCUCACACUAUAUGUGAUCAAUUAGUAUCAGCAAAAAGUCAUACAGAUUUCCCAAUUGUCAAUAAAACUCUUGAUUUGAAUUGCGAGAAAUCAUUAGAGACCAAGUGUUCAACAUUUUCGUGUCGUUUACCAGAUUUCAAUUCAGGCGAUUAUAAUCAACCAUUUAUACUAUCGCUAUCACUCAUACCAUACAAUAUCAAACACUUAGAGUUCAGUGAUAUUACUUUGAAAAUAACAUCUCAAAUAAAAGUCAAAGAAAAUAUCAAAUAUGAAACACCAAUCACUUCAUCGACCACUACGACUAUAUAUAUGGUAAGAGAUGAUCCAAUCAAAGAUGAAGUGAUUAAACCGUGGGUUGUUAUGGUUAGCUCUGGUACCGGUUUAUUAGUAUUGAUCUUAACUAUUAUUGUUUUGAUUAGAUAUGGAUUCUUCAGACGUAAAAAAUUAGAAGAAAUCGAGAAAAUAAAGAAAAGAAUAUCAAUGAAACUCGAGAUGUAUGACAUCAAUGUUGUCGACUUAGAUGAAGAUAAUGCCAAUAAUGGUUAA